AUGGCCCCCAACCUCUUCCUCUGCCUGCGUACCGUCUGCUGUCCCGCCUACUGGUUCCAGCACGGUGAUCGCGUCAACAGCGAAGUCAACCGAGAACAACACUGGGAAUCCCCCGUUCCGGGAACUUACAAGUUCUUGCCAGGUCGUGGCUGGCACCUCAUUCGCCGUGAUGGAUGUGAGCACGACGAAAAGGUUCCUGCUGCUCUCGUCUACUGCCGCAUCCUCCAUCGCUACAUGUUCGAGUCCGAACUCGAAGAGCGAUGCCGCUGGUUCUCGGCUCCGCUGCAUAAGGGCACCCAGCCCGAACAGCUGCGCUUCUUCCUUCUCGACAACGGCAUCCAUUGGGUCGCCGGAUGGGAUACCAAGGGCCGUUUCAUCCCUGGCCCCUACCCCAAAUGGUACCUGGAUGAGGAUGGCGAGACUAUACGCCGCGGCUCCUCGCCUCCCACCAGUGCAAAUGUCUCCCAAUGCAACAGUAUCAUCGCGGGUAAGUUUGAUUGA